AUGGACCUCACACUAUCCUCACAAGCGGCUACGUCCUCCAUACCUAAAAGAGGGGAUCAGAUCCUGCAAAAUGCCAUCGAUUCAUUCCGGACCGUUCUUACGCCUGAGCAGCUUGCCGAGUUCGACUGUAUCCGAUCUGUACCGGAAACAGAUGCGGUUCUUGUGUUCACGGCGGAGUUAGACCUUCGACGACAAAACAAGAAGGGCAAAAGUAUCGCCAGCCGUCUAUUUCCACUACUUCAAGCAGUGCACAGUUUUACGGCUAUUAUAGAUACCUUUGUCUCAUCGAACCCUACUAUUGCAGCUCUUGUUUGGGGAAGUGUGAAGAUGACCAUGACGAUCAUGCUCAACGCUGCAUCUUAUUAUGAAGCCUUCGUUGAGUUAUGUAUGGAACUCGGCAAGAUUUGUCCUAGGUUCGAGCAAUAUCAGGCUCUUUUCCCCGCUUCAGAACGCCUACAGGAUGCCUUGUGCACUUUCAACGCCUCCAUCAUCCAGUGCUGUCGACACGUCAUUGCAAUACCGAAAAGCUCGCGUGGGUGGACUUCGCCACUCAAUCCACUUAACCCCUCGUUCUGGCAGUCAUUUCAGCAGGCCUUCGAGUCUGAUUUACAGAAGCUCCGCGAUGACAGUAAGAAUGUCAACAAAGAGAUUAGACUUGCAGCAGAUCAGUCUCAGCAUCGGAAUAAUGAGCUCCAAAGGAUAGAGAAUGAACAAGCCGACCAGUCCAGGCGGUCGCUAAGUCGCUUCAUGUCCCGCACGCGCCAUGAUUUUGACAGGCUGCAGAUUAUCAGAAGCCAGGAAUCAGAAAGAGAAAGCAAUCAAAAGCUUCUGGACUCCUUGUCUACUUAUGAUUACAUCAAACCUCUGAAACAAGCCCGUCAGAAGCGAUACCCCAAAUCAGCAGAAUGGAUCUUCGAUACAGGCGAGUUUAAACGCUGGGUCAAUGGGACUACCCCAGGUUUACUCUGGUGUUCUGGGAAAAUGGGAUCGGGAAAGUCAAUCAUCUCUGCGAGUGUAAUCGACUACCUUUUGACUCACCGACCUAGCGCUCAAAGCCGUGUAACAUUCUUUUUCUCACGAUUUGACGACUCAGAGUCUAUGAGAGCUGAAACUAUUCUACGAGCUCUAGCUAGGCAGUUGAUCACCAUCCAGGAUGUUUCAGGUGAUACUAAGCAGGCUUUGGAGACCAUACAAAAAUCCCAGGAAGAUGUCUCAUCGGAACUUUCUCGGCUCUUGACCCGUCUGCUAUCAAGAAAAGGUCCACCGUCAUGGGUUGUACUGGAUGGUCUAGAUGAGUGUCAAAAAGAAGAACGCCAAAUAGCCAUCGAGAUGUUGACAUCAAUGCUUGAUAAUGGCGCUAACGCCAGGUUGUUUACCACCAGCCGGGAUCAUGCGACUUCUAUCUUUAAGGGAGUCUCUGCCAACCUAGAGGAAGUUUCUAUGAAUUGCUCUCUUGCCCGAGAUGGCAUGGCCCAACUAGUUGAUCAAGCUGUGCAAAAGUGUGUUGAUACUGAAGAGCUACUAGUCACCGAUCAGACACUCAUAACCGAGAUUAAGAACACUCUCACACAGCACGCUGACGGCAUGAUUCUCUGGGUAACUCUGAUCCUUAGACACCUCUGCAGCCAGCCAAGCAACGAAAGGAUCCGCGAAGGAAUCGCUUUAAAAAAUAUACCAAGAAACCUAACGGAUAUCUUUAACCGGAUUCUAGAUCGAAUAAUCUCUGACGAGAAAGAUAGCAUCGUUCAAGCACUUCUUCCGUGGAUAGUGGCAGCGAAGCAGCCUCUGUCGCUGUCCCAACUCGAGGAAUGCUGUCUGAUAAGUCCACUUCAAGAGUACACUAUUCGAAAUCGAUAUGUGAAUGGAAUUCAUUUUAUCGACACUUGGUUCCAAGGUCUCGUUGAAAUUGACUAUGAGACCAAGACAGUUCACGCUAUCCAUGCCUGCGUUCAGCAAUUCUUUCUCACCGCAUCAGAUAACCCGGUCUUUUCGAAGUUCCAUGUUCGCAUCCAAGAUGCCAACCGCCACAUCGGAGAAAUUUGCGUCACAUACUUGAACUUCAGUGAUUUCAAUUCAACUUUAGCCCGAGUCCGAGCAUCUCUGCCACCAAUAGCCCCUGAUCAGAUCUGCCAGAAGGCCCUCAGCAAUGAGUGGAGCUGGCCUAGGCUCCUGAGACUUUCUCAGAAAAUCCACGGUCACAAGCGACCAGCUGCUGAUAUUGAUGCAACUAUUGCUUCGUAUACAAGAGCUUCCGAUGCAACUGUUCAAGAAACCAUACUUCUUGAUCAUCCAUUUCUUGCAUAUGCUUCGGCCUAUUGGCUCUCACACUCGGUCAACUUUGACCAGGGGCAAUGUCAAACAUGGAGUCUAUGGAAGAAUAUGCUGAUGUGUGGGCAUGAACUAAGUUCAUCGCCAGUGUAUGAAGAACACCAUCGGACUAUCGAUGAAGCCCUUGUUCUUUGGGCUAUUCAAAACAGACACUUUGCACUUUUACAUGUUGUCGCUAUGUCAACGGAGCUGUUUGAACAAUAUCACCCAACCCUGGUCAAGUAUAUUCUGAACGAAACUGAUGCUACCCUUCUGCAUCGCAUGUUGAAUGUGAAAGGAUGGCUGGUACUUAAACCACUAGGCGCCUUGGCGGCGUGUGAUGGCCGUCUUGACAUCAUCAAGAAGCUAUUUGAAGCAGGCCUGAACACUACGGAAGACUCCGAAAAGCCAUUGAUUCCUCAUUAUCUUAGAUGUGCUGUUGAGCAAGGCCACAUCGAAGUUAUAGAAUAUCUUUUGCAGCAAGGUGUGGACCCUAACUUCAUGCCCGGUUCAUAUCGGAGUGUGUUGGAAAUAGCAGCAGAAUUGGGUGGCUUGAAAGGCAUCCAGGCUUGCAGGUUGCUUAUCGACGCUGGGGCUAACGUGGGAAAUACUAACGCCCUGCUGAGGCCUUGUGCUCGUGGCGACAGAGAAAUCAUAAAGCUCCUCCUUGACGCGGGUGUUGAUGUCAACGCCUCAUUCGCUGUGCCACACUGGACAGUAAGCAUUUAG